AUGCAGGCCGACCAGAAGACCGCGCCCACCAACUCCAUGAAGGAGCUCCACAUUGACAAGCUCGUUAUUAACAUCUCCGUUGGCGAAUCCGGUGAUCGCUUGACGCGAGCGUCGAAGGUGCUCGAACAGCUCACCGGUCAAACACCCGUCACCUCGAAGGCUCGCUACACCGUGCGUACGUUCGGUAUCCGUCGUAACGAAAAGAUCGCGGCGCACGUCACCAUCCGAGGGCCGAAGGCGGAGGAGAUCCUCGAGCGCGGACUGAAGGUGAAGGAGUACGAGCUCCGGCGCAAGAACUUCUCGGAGACCGGCAACUUUGGGUUCGGUAUUCAGGAGCACAUCGAUUUGGGUGCGCGGUACGACCCUAGCAUCGGUAUCUUCGGUAUGGAUUUCUACGUCGUGAUGGGCCGGCCAGGCGCGCGUGUCGCGAGGCGGAAACAGAAGAAGGCGCGCAUUGGCUUCGCGCACCGGGUGAAGAAGGAGGAUACGAUGGCGUGGUUCAAGCAGCGUUUCGAUGGUAUUAUUUUGGCGAAGUAAUGGUUUUCGUACAUUUCUCUCUGCCGCUGCAUCUUCGCUAUGACCCUUCGCUCGCUAUGUAUUGUACAUGCAUCCAAAACCCUCCCGCAACG